AACGGACGGAGGAGAGAGCAGCUUAGCAACACAGAGAGGGAGAGAGAGAGAGAGGAGGAGGAGGAGGAGAGGGAGAGCAUUUCUGGAUCAGACAGCUUGGUGCCAUCCAUAUAACACUCAGAGGGUAAGAAGAAGAGCAGCGCCAUUGGCAAACAGCCGUGAAUUUGCUGUAGAGAUUCAUAAUGAAGUUCCUGGUGGUGUUGGUGGGAGCUGGGGCUCUAGCCGUCCUCGGCGCGGUCAUCUGCAUCAUCGCCAGCGUUUACCCUCGGAAGCGCGGCUCGCCUCCCAGCGACAACGGCACGCUGACCUCGGAGGCGCUGCUGCAGCCCCUGGAGCCCRGCUCGGUGGCGCACGCCGGCCCGCUGGGCGCACUCCACGGGGCGGGCUCCUACGACGUCGACGGCAACGGGCUCGGCGGGCUCGACUUGGACGUCCCCGCUCUGAACGAGCUCAACCUCGGGAAGGAGACAGGAGGUGGUGGUGGAGGAGGAGGAGGCUCGGCAAAGCAGUUCAGCUUCAGCCGACUCAUCUGCACUCCUGUACCUGUUGGAGACUGCAGGAGCAAAGAGCUGAGGCAGGAGCAGCAGGACGACCCGCUGUACGGAGCCGCCGCCGCCGCCGCCGCCGGAGAUGAGGACCUCCGGACGACCGCGGAGGAGCUCCGGCAGAUGGUGCUGCGGCAGAACGACCAGAUCCUCAUGGACCAGAGGACGAUCCGGGAGCUGACGGGGAAGCUGAGUGAGUGCGAGAGCGGCCUGGAGGAUGACAGGAGUGCCCCGGCGCGGAGCAUCGGAGUGUGGAGCGGGAACCGCCGCAUCAUGGCCGGGGACGAAGUGAGCUCAUCCGCCGCGGCGCAGCUGCAGACGGCUCGGGCCGUGGAGGAGCUGGCCAGGGCCAUCAUGGAUCUGAAGGACCGCAUAGAUAAACUUGAGGCGGAGAUAGGACCUGGAGCCUUGAACCUCACCGACUCAUCUGUGGGGACGAGCAGCAGCCAGACUAACACUGGUAGGGCUCCAGCUCCGUCUGCUAGCAGUGCUUCCUCCCCAACAACAGGGGCCGCCUCGGGAGGCCGUCGCCCCACUUCUCCAGGACCCCCUGGCUCCAGGCCGCCUUCUAAAGGCACCCCGGGACGAGGAAAGAGCACCUGGAGGGUGGAGGACCUUGAGGGGGAACUUGAGAGGAAGAUAAAAAUGCUGGAGAAGGAGCGCCAGGCCAUGAGGAAAGAGACCCAGGGCCAGCAUGAGAAGAUCGACAAGGGCAUUGACACGGUUACCCACCGGGUCACAGAGCUGGAGCACACAAUGACAGAGCCRCCGUUCCCCGAUGGCUUCGUCCUCUCCUUCCCCAUGCGGACCAGCUACAUGUAUGGCCUGGUGAGAAGGGAGAUCACUGAGAUGUACGCCUUCACUGCCUGCGUAUGGCUCAAGGCCAAGGAAGGGGGCAUCGGGACCCCCUUCUCCUACUCUGUGCCGGGUCAGCCCAAUGAGCUGGUGCUGCUGCAGGGAGUCCACAAUCCUGUGGAGCUGCUCAUCAACGACAAGGUCGCCCAGCUGCCUCUGUCUCUACCGCUAAAUGAGUGGCAGCAUAUCUGCAUUAGCUGGACCCUGAGGGACGGAGUGUGGAAGGCCUACCAGGGGGGGAAGAUGAAAGGAAGGGGGGACGGGCUGGCUGCCUGGCAUCCCAUCAAACCAGGGGGAGUCCUCAUACUGGGACAGGAACAGGACACACUUGGCGGGCGCUUCGACGCCUCCCAGGCUCUGGUUGGUGAGCUAUCCCAGUUCAACCUGUGGGACCGGGUACUGAAGCCUGCRGAGGUGGCCGCUCUUGCGGACUGCAGCUCCUCAGCACUGGGSAACAUUGCCCCCUGGACCGACCAGGACGUAGAUGUUUAUGGUGGCGCCACCAAGGAGUCCCUGGACCCCUGCCACGCCGCUCAGAGACUGAACCCCUCAAGCCCCAAGCAGUGAAGRGUGACCAGAGGAAAUGGGCCAAUGGUGUUCCUGUUUGAUCGGUCAACUUAGGAGUCAGGAUGGUCAAUGGGUGCAUUCAGUUGGAGUUUAGAGUGUGUCAUGCUUUCAGGAGGCAGGACGCCUCCCAGUGGACUAAGAGAUAGUGCAAUCAAGCUGUAAAGAGUGGCAUAUCUGUUUUGUUCUUUGUGUUGGUGUACACGCUCAUGUGUUUACUUCUGCAGUGAGUGACCUAUAGUUACAGGAUCACCUUUUCGAAGGCAGCAAGGUGGUUCAACUUCUGGCAUUAACAGCUUUAAUGGACAUGCUACAUUAUAAAAGAAAUGAUUGCAUCAGAUAAAACUGUACCGUCAUCUUCYUUUGAUAAGGAUGAGUUGGACCGUUCAACCUUACAGAAUCACAGAGGCAAAGAGUUUAACAGGUUUCUGUACGAUUAUGUAAUAAAGCUGCAUUGAUGUCAAGGUUGUUUUAUUUUUAUAUUACCAUGCAAUGACACAAAGUUCUGUUUUUAUUGUUUUUCAUUUCUGUCACUGUGAUUGUGUUAAAUGCUACAAGUGAUUUCCUAAAUGCUCAUUUGGUAGUGCUGACUUUAUCACUCAGUGAGGAAAAAACAAAGUUCUGUUUGUUUUUAACAGUAUUUGUUUCUUUAAGUAAUGUCUGUGUGAUUUAAGUUUUCUAUAUUGCAUAUCAUGAUUUGGUACAAACUGUUUUCUUAUGAUUGUGUAAAGCGUAAUGUAUUUCUGGUGAUGUUGCUCGUGUCUAGUCUGCCGCCCUCGAUGUAAUCCUGUCACACACCUCUCAGCCCUGCAGAGAAGUUGCAGCAAUUUGCUUUGCAGCUGAACGACGCAGCACUCGCUUUUCGACUUCCGAAAUCAGCAUUUUGUGUUUCUAGCUGCUAAUCAAAUACUGGCACCAUGAUGUGUUUGAUAAAACUGUGGGACCCUUGAAUGUGAACCAGAUGGAAUGAGAGUAUGUCUGCAUGAAUGUCUUCUGCAAAGCCAUAUUUCUUGCUACUGAAAAAAAAAAUUCUGAUGACAGUGUUGGUGUUCACAGAUUCCCCCACAACAUACAGAUAUCUCACAAAGAUGGAAGUGAAUCCAUGGUAACCGGUUUGUACUUACCAAAUUGUUUUCUGCACAUGCAGUCAGAAAAAAAGCAUAACCGACUCGCUCUGAUUCAAUUAAGAGCUGGAAGGACCUGGAGCUUCUAUUACAGAUGAAAAUCAAUUCAAAACAUCCCUGUGCUUUAUGAAAAAACAAAUUAAAUAAAAGGAAAAAUAUGCAAAAAA